CCUACUGGCUCCAAAAUUAUUUCAGUGCAAGUGUGGGGAGGAAACAAAAGCCCACAGUACAAAUAUAAACUCAUAAAGUAGAGGGUUGAAGACUGAUUCACUGCAGGAGAAGCUCAACAAUUGGGGGGAAAGCUAUAGUGUCAGUGAUAAGAAGAAACCGAAGAAUGGAUUUAAUGAGUGGGAGGAGAGGAGGCACAAGGAGACUCAAACCGACUGAGUGAGAGACUGACUGACAGCACACAUCGGUGUGAGGGUGCUUUGUGCCGAGCCUCACGCAAUUUGAGUACACAUCUCUAUGAACGUGUACUCUUAUUUGAAAUCACUAAUUUAUAUAUAUUCAAGGAAUAUACAAAUCUGUGCAAGUUCCCUCUUCUGCUACAAGGACUAAAAGGGGAAGCAAACUAUCUUUCACUUUCUGCUGGCUGUCUUUCCACGGAUUAUUCUUUCCGCGAAAUUCACUGCUGUGCUCAGUGAAGUGAGAUCUUGGUUUGUAUUAAGUCAGAUUGCUCAAAAGUGAGAUGGGGACGGUGAGCGAACUUUGUGCUUCCAGCUUCCAGGCGUUCCUGUGUCCUACUGUGUGCCCAGCUGCACCAGCAGUGCCAGAUGACCUGACUCCAGAGGAGAAGCAAGAGCUGGAGAAUAUACGGCGCCGAAAGCAGGAGCUGCUUGAGGACAUCCAGCGGCUCAAGGAUGAGAUAGCAGAGGUGACAAAUGAGAUUGAGAACUUGGGUUCCACUGAAGAAAGAAAAAAUAUGCAAAGAAAUAAACAGGUGGCAAUUGGCCGAAAGAAAUUCAACAUGGAUCCCAAAAAGGGGAUACUGUUCCUCAUAGAGAAUGACCUGCUCAAGAACACCUGUGAGGAUAUCGCUCAGUUUCUCUAUAAGGGUGAGGGCCUCAACAAGACAGCCAUUGGAGAUUAUCUAGGUGAAAGGGAUGAUUUCAAUAUUGAGGUACUUCAUUCCUUUGUGGAGCUUCAUGAAUUCACAGAUCUCAACCUGGUCCAGGCACUGAGACAAUUCUUGUGGAGUUUCCGGUUACCUGGUGAAGCCCAGAAAAUUGACCGCAUGAUGGAGGCUUUUGCACAGCGUUACUGUCAGUGCAAUCCUGGUGUCUUUCAGUCCACAGAUACCUGCUAUGUUCUUUCAUUUGCCAUCAUCAUGUUAAAUACAAGCCUGCACAACCCUAACGUAAAGGACAAGCCUUCGGCUGAGCGCUUCAUAGCAAUGAAUAGAGGCAUUAAUGAUGGUGGAGACCUACCAGAGGACUUGCUCAGGAACCUGUAUGAAAGUAUCAAGAAUGAGCCCUUUAAGAUACCAGAAGACGACGGCAAUGAUCUCACACAUACAUUUUUUAAUCCAGACCGCGAAGGCUGGUUAUUAAAAUUAGGAGGUAUGUACACUGUUUUUCCCAUCAGCCAAUAUGCUGUGCUUCUUGGUGCUUUAUGUGGUGUGCUUUGCUCUCAUUAUCUACUUCCAUUUGGCCCAAUACUUUUAUUUAAAAAAAAAUCAAUGUUUUAUGUUUCUUAAUAGUUCUAUAACACUAUGUUUCUGCUGGAAUGUGGCAUUUGUUGCACAUUGCUGAAUUACUCACAAUGUGUGAAACCCCACAAUAAUGCUACCGCUGUGAUCUUGUCUAGACAUUAGCGCUUAUCUCUGGAUACUGCAGGUUCUUUAUCCUCUUUGCUUAUUAGCACAAUUUCUGCAACAUCUUAAAAGCUGAAACAUCAGAGGUUUUAACAAACACACAGGUCUGUCUUUUAUUCUUCCAAACUAAUGGCUCUGCUGAGUCCAGAAAUACUUGUUAUACUUUUUUUUUUCCUCCCUCGUAAAGUAUGUGCUCUUUAUGAUUGACAUUGGGAUGUAUGACCUUUAGGGCCAUCGUGUAACAGGAAAACUCAAUGCUUGCAUUUUCCUCGUUUUACUACUUUGCCAUAAAUCCUUAAUUCUAAAUUCAAAUUUUAAGCAUGCCUUUCAAAGUAAGUACAAAAUGAAUGCCUCAUUAUUAUUGUAAGAUGCAAGACUAGGUUUUACCUCGUGUUGUGGACCACAUGCUAAUGAAAGCUUGUGUUGUUUAUUAUAAUUAAAGUGAGUCAUCCCUCCAUAUCUCUUUGGUCAUUUACUUUUGAUUCUAUAGUGUGUUGUUCUUUUGACUGAUAAUGAGUAAACCAAUUAUAAGCCCAUUAACUAAUGUACAAUAACCAUGCACAUAUCUGUCCGCUGCAGUGCUCCAAACCUCAUCCUGCUUCAUUUCUCUGUUGCCGUCAUCUCGUCCGCUCUCUUAAACGUUAACUCAGAUCUCACUAUCAGCAGUGGGCCGUAUCAUUCUUAUUCUUUUUUCUUUCAUAGGGGGACGAGUAAAAACAUGGAAACGAAGAUGGUUUAUCUUGACAGAUAACUGCCUUUACUACUUUGAAUACACUACUG